CGAGGAGCUUUGGCUUUUUGUGGAGUCCAUUGUGUAUUUAUACUGAACGGAAACGGAGCUCUGUUUUUUACAACCACUGCUCGUGAACCUAACAGUAAGACGAGCGGCUGCAUUCCGUAAACCGGACAUAUUUUUCACGUUUCCUUUAAACUACCGGUAAAAGGGUGGAGCCUUUUCUAUAUCUGACCAAUCAACAAACAGAAACCACAGUGGUAUUUACAACACGUCACGUAGAUUGUGUUUUUAUUUUCCCAAGGACUUCGAAAGGCAUCGUGUCCGUAACGUUCGUGAAAGUCUGUUGGUUUUACUCGCAUAAUGGAAACGUCAACCGACUACGACGAACUGGGAACCCGACUCCACCAGUUCAAAAACAAAGGAAGGAAUGCCACUGAGCAGACGCGCAGGAGAAAGGAGUUCCACGUAAAGCUCAGGAAAGCCAAGAAAGACGAUCAGAUACUGGAGAGGAGACACGUUCAAACCCUCCAGGAGGAGCCCACCUCCUCUCCUCAGCCUCAGCAAUACCCUUUGCAGGAAAUCCUGGCAGGUGUGAAUAGUGAGAAUCGAGAGGAUCAGUUUCUGGCAACACAAGCGGUCAGAAAAAUCCUCUCCAGAGAUAACCAACCACCCAUUGACCGCAUCAUCUCUGCGGGAUUGAUCCAAAAGUUUGUUAGUUUCCUGGGGCUGUUUGAGUGUCCUCCCAUCCAGUUUGAGGCAGCUUGGGUCCUGACUAACAUUGCUUCAGGCAACCCGGCGCAGAUGAAUGCCGUUGUGGUGGGAGGAGGUAUUCCGGGCUUCAUCAGACUGGCUUCAUCAUCAUACCUGAAAAUCAGGGAGCAGGCCAUUUGGGCCCUGGGUAGCAUUGCAGGCGAUGGACCCGACUGCAGAGAUUUGGUGAUCAAACAUGGUGGACACGGCUUUGUCGUGGCCUUGGUCGAAUCUCCAGACCUGUCAACAUUUCCUCUUGCCUUUAUACGCAACAUCACCUGGACACUUUCCAACCUGUGUCGACACACGGAUCGCCCCCCUCCCUUAGAGGCAGUGAAGCGGAUGCUUCCUGCCCUGGUGAGGCUCCUCCACCAUAAUGACAAGGAGGUCCUGUCCGGCGCCUGCUGGGCUGUGUCCUACCUGACCAGUGGGUCCAACGAGAGGAUAGAGGUGGUGGUGCAGACUGGCUUGGUUCCCAGACUCGUACAGCUCCUCUCCUGUGGGGAACACUCUAUUCUGGCUCCCGCUCUCAGAUCACUUGGUAACAUCGUGACCGGGACAAAUGAGCAGACUCAGUGUGUUCUUAACGCAGGUGCCCUGGCAGUGUUCCCUGCUCUGCUCUGCCAUCGCAAGUCCAACAUCCAGAAAGAAGCGGCCUGGGCUGUGUCCAACAUCACUUCAGGCAAAGCAACCCAGAUUCAGGAAGUCAUCGAUGCAGGCCUGAUCCCCUUGCUGGUACAGAUCCUCCAGCAGGCAGAUUAUAAGACACAGCUGGAGGCUGUUUGGGCUGUCAUCAACUUAACCAAGGUUGGGACAUUGAAUCAAGUGUCUUACCUUUACCGCUGCAAUGUACUCGGGCCUCUCUUCAAUCUACUGACGGUCAAAGACGACACGAUUAUCUUGAUCAUCCUGGAAGCAAUCAGCAAUAUAUUACAGAUGGCAGAAAGCGUUGGUGAAGGUGAGAAAGUGUGUCUGAUGAUUGAGAAGUUGGGCGAUUUGGAAAAGAUUGAAGCACUGCAGUUCCACAGCAAUGAGUCUGUUUAUAAGUACUCCAACACCAUUAUUGACAGAUUCUUCUCUGGUCAGAAUGAGGACGAGUUUGGGAUUCCUGAGGCCAACCCGGACCACUGUGUCUUCCAUGCUCCUGACAAUCAAAGUACUUUCCAGUUUUGAACUGUGUACUUUGUAGUGUAAUAAAAAUCAUAUUUUCA